AUGCCCAAGAAGCAGCAAACGAAAAGGGAAGAACGUUUAACUGCGAUUCUAGAGGGUUUUGCUGGUACCUCAGGACAUCAUAGGAAUCAGUCUCAGGCAAAGGCAGUUCCUGCACCACACUUGUCUUCUGUAUCUCUUAAAGAGUUUGGUUCAUGGCGUCACAAGUAUGAGGGGCAUGCAGUGUUGACAAGAAUGUCAUCUCUCUCUAUUGCUGAGCAGCGGUCAGCAUUGAUUUCCGUGCUAGACGAUGAUUGGACCCGCACUCUGAGAUAUGGUCUCUCACUGGAUGAUGGAGCAGACUUGAAGACUAUAUUGGAUGCCAUGGAGUUGCACUUACGCAACCAAAGGAAUGUCAUCGUGGACCGACGCAACUUUCAUACAAGAGUCCAGGAGUUGCACGAGACCUUCAAUGAUUUUUUGUGCGGCAUUAAAGAGAUUGCUUCUUUCUGUGAUUUUUGUGAAACCUGCAUGGACAGCAGACUACGAGACAGGAUCGUUGUUGGAACCAGAGAUGAAGAGGCUUUGAAACGUAUGUUAGAAGAAAAGAAGCUCACUUUGCAGAUGGCUAUUGAUAUUUGCAGAGCAUCGAAAAAUGCAAAUGCCAGUCGUGCUGUUAUUCGGGGCAGUGAAAAGUAUAAUGUUUCAAGAGUGUCUCAAUACAAACAAGGUCAGAAGGUAGCCCAUUUAAAGCAGCAGUGCUUUAGGUGCGGAGGUGAGCGCCAUCGUCAUAAGAUGGCAUGCAAGGCUCUAAACAAGGACUGCAAACAAUGUGGUAAGAAAGGUCACUUUGCAGUGGUGUGCAGGUCAAAGGGACAGCCACUGUCUCCUCAGAAGAAAAAAACUAAUAAUAAAAGCACGUUCAAGCCUUCAAAGCGGAAUCUAUAUCGUGUCAUUGGAGAUGUUUACAGCAACUGUGCGUCAUCAUGUCCAACCCCUCAGAUUUGCAUCAGUACCACUCACCCCAAAGGAUCAAAUUCAGUUAUGUGGACACCUGACUCUGGAGCGGAGACAACUGUGAUAGGACUUGAGAACGCUAAAUCUCUUGGAAUUCAUGAGAGUUCACUGGAGCCGAUCAUUAUGGGUGGUCUUAUUGCAGCAGAUCGUCAACCUCUCACUAACAUGGGUACUUUUGAGGCUUUUUUAACUUUGGGGAAUCGUAGUACAACAACAGUUGUGUCAGUCGUCAAGGAAGUGAAAGGUGCACUUCUGAGCUGGUUUGAUUGUGUAGCACUGGGAAUAUUACCAGAAAACUUUCCAGCGCAAAUACAGCAUCUUACAUGGUCAGUGUCACAACCACAUAUAGCAUCGAGAACCAGGAAGGUUUUGGAGCCACAAGUGACUUCUAACACACAGGAUGUUGUGCAGUCUGCAAGUACCAGCAGUUUGGUGUCUGUACCAAUGGCAUUGCCAAGAUGGCCACACAGCAGAGACCCUACAGAAACAGAGCGUGCAGAACAUGCAGCUUCCAUCAUUUCUGCUUAUCCUCAUGUAUUUGAUGCUUCAGCUACUCUAAGGGAAAUACAGGGAGGUCCUAUGAGGAUUCAGCUGUCAGCAGAUGCACAUCCUUUUGCAGUGACCGCACCACGCACCAUUCCGCAUUGUUGGAGAUCGGAUAUUAAAGCUCAGCUAGAUGACUUGCUUGCUAAGGAUAUCAUUGGUGAGGUUGAUUACCCCACCGAAUGGUGUCAUCCGAUGGUCCCUAUUGCAAAGAAGAUGGGUGGUGUGCGGUUGUGUGUGGACCUUACAAGACUUAACCGCUAUGUGCGCAGACCUACAUAUCCAGUUCGAUCCCCUCAUGAUGCUAUAUCAUCAAUGGAUGCUGGAGCCAGGUGGUUCACUACUUUGGAUGCGAAGAUGGGAUACUUCCAAAUCAAAAUUGCUGACGAAGAUCAGGAUCUUACUUGCUUCAUCACACCUUGGGGACGUUACAAAUUCAAACAAGCCGUAAUGGGGCUUAUAUCGUCUGGAGAUGAGUAUAAUCGUCGAGGAGAUCAAGCUUUGGGAGAUAUUCCACGUACUGUCAAAAUUGUUGAUGAUAUUUUGGUGUAUGAUUCUAGUUACCGUGACCACUUAGCCCAUGUGAUCACACUUGUGCAAAAAUGUGACAAAUUUGGAAUGACCUUAAAUCCUGACAAAAUUUUCUUUGCUCAACCUAAUGUUGAAUUUUGUGGUUACAGUAUAAAUCAUGAAGGUUAUAGUGUGGAUUCUCGGAAGGUGAGAGCUAUAGCUGAAUUUCCAAAGCCACAAAAUAUCACUGAUCUCAGGUCAUUCAUGGGUUUAACCAAUCAGCUUGGGAGCUUUUCUUCUGCGAUUGCAACUGCUGCACAGCCACUCAGGGACCUGCUUAAACCUCAGAAUGAGUGGUGCUGGACCCCUCAGCAUGACGUGGCUUUCGAGAAAACUAAAGAAGCACUCAUAGCUCCUCCUGUUUUAGCUCAUUUUGAUGCAUCUUUACCUACUAUGCUUCAAACUGACGCAUCAAGGUUGCAUGGUAUGGGGUUUGUUUUGCUGCAACAACAUGGAGAGGCUUGGAAGCUCAUCCAGUGUAGAUACAGGUUUUUAACGGAUGCGGAAACUAGGUAUGCCGUAAUUGAGGUUGAGAUGGCUGCUGUACUUUGGGCAGUCAGGAAAUGCAGUGUUUACUUGUCUGGUUUGCCUUAUUUUGACCUGGUAGUAGACUAUUGA